CUCACUGGAAUGAAGUCUGUUUCGCAAGCGUUCCCGGAAGUGAUGUUACUCUGGGAUUAGAAACUCUGUGGUUUGGUAAUGAAAUGUAUCUUGGUCACGCCCGAACGUCAUGUGUACGUGCUAGUUCCCGACGUUACCGAUUGAGUUGAGGAACAAACAGAGGACGACCAACUCGGUCGAUGGUGGAGAAGAGUCAAGCGAACAUAUUUUUUAAAAACAAUUGAAAUUGACAGUAUAUAUCUGUGCCAGAAAAGGAAAUCGUCGAAAUGAAAUUGCUGUGGGGUUUAAGUGCCCUCCUCUUGUGCUUGUACCGAGCCAAUGCCCUGACAGCUGGUUUUGUCAAGUCGCCCCUGUCCCAGAUGAAACUGAUAGAGGACAUUGCAGAGCUACACUGUGAGGUGACCGGGAACCCCAUCCCUGAGGUGCAGUGGUGGUUCAUAGAGGGUGAGGAGCCCGACGAGACCAUGACCCAGCUGUUCGAUGGGGCGCGGGAAGACCGCGUCGGGAUCAACGCCACCUACAUCCAGCACGCCACCAGCUCCAUUCACCUCUUAAACCUCACGCUCAAUGACUCGGGCACGUACGAGUGCCGCGCUUCCAACGACCCCGACCGCAACGAGCUGAAGAAGGCACCCAAAAUCAAGUGGAUCCGCUCACAGGCUAACGUUAUAGUGUUUGAAUAUCCCUUAAUCGUGUCUUCGCCUAUGGAGGUGAACAACCAGACCUCUGCCAUCCUCUCGUGCAAUCUGACCAACCCCACGUCCACAGUCAAAGGUCAUUACUGGAUGAGGAAUGGCAAUGUGAUCGAGUCAACGAAGAAGGACUCUCCUGCUCUCUACACCGAACACAACUUGGCUAAAAUUGAUUUCCAUUCCGGUGGAGUAUAUGAGUGCGUCUUCCUCUCUGAGCCUGAGGUGAAGAAAUCCAUUGAAGUCAAAACUGCUCUCCAUGUCUCUGCCUAUAAACGCUCUGAGCAUGGAAAUGAGCAGGACAAGGGUGUGCUGGUUUGUGUCAGUCAUGGAUACCCACUGCAUACUGACUGGAAGUGGUACAAACUGGAAGGAGAAGAGAUGCUGAAGAAGCAUUCUCAGGCCAUCACCAACGGAACUGACCGGUAUGAGAUCAAGAGCACCCCCAACAGGACCACCCUGACCAUCAACGACAUGGACAUGGACAUGGACAUGGGUGACUACAUGUGCUACGGGGCCAGCGAAGUGAGCUCGGCCUUCGACAAGAUCCACCUGCGUGUCCGUAGCCGCCUGGCUGCCCUCUGGCCCUUCCUGGGCAUCGUGGCCGAGGUCAUCAUCCUGGUCAGCAUCAUCUUCAUCUACGAGAAGAGGAGAAAGCCUGAUGAGAUCAACGACGAUGAGGACUCAGGUUCUGCUCCCCUGAAAAGCAAUGCUGCCACAAACCACAAGGACGUCAGGCAAAGGAACUCCAACUGAGAGAAGAUGAGAGAGAUAUCCUGAUGACCAUCUUCCAGGAUGAAGAGCAUUGGUUUGCUGAGCAUCACAUAAUCUAGUGCACCCUGCGAUUUUUAAACAACUUUUAAUUUUUUUCUUGAAAGUUAGUGUCUUGAGAAAUGGACUGAAUUUUCCUCUCACUUUUCUUCUAUAUUUCUCUCCAUAUUGUGCUGCCGGGGAACAUGUUUAGGCUUUUGCAUGAGUUUUAUUGCCGUUCUAGAAGUUUGUUCGUAGUGAAAUCCAUUGUAAACGUUUACGUGGGAAUGAUCUAUUGGUGGUUUUUCUAUUUGUGCUUAUAGCUUCCUCCACUGUCCCUCACUAUUCUAAAUAUCUGCUCUUAUGUUUGCAAGCCUGAACAGCCACCUGUUAAGCAACAUGGAUCCUACUAGGGAUGUGAAAUGUUUGGACACUGAUAUACUUUUGCCCCAGCCCCUGUUAGCACACCUGACUCCAAUAAUCAGCUAAUCAUGGUCUUCAGUUUAGAAUGCAAUUAGUUUAAUCAGGUGUGUUAGUUAUAGGGCUGGGGGAAAGUGACAUUAAUCAGGCCUGAUUAGUAUUGUGACUGGAUGUGCACCAUUAGUUUAAGAAGUAUAUGUAAAAAUAUGACUUAGUGUCAAUUUUGCCUAAAAGUAACUAAGUAGAUUCAACAGAACUGUACCAAUUUGCACAAACUCAAUAAAGUUAUUUGAUUUUAA